GUUCGACUUUUGCUGCCAUAAAAACAUAAAAAAAGCAUCACUUUAAAAGAAAACCAACGCAGCGCUGCGGAUAAUUGCCAAAAGAAAGUUUCCCUAGGGCUCACGGCCUCGGCGAAAAAGGCCUUACCGGGGAGCCGGAAGCAAACAGUCACCCAACGAGAUCGCUACCAAAAUGACCAACUUUAUCGCGAAGAAAUCCCUCCUGGUGCUCUCCCUGCUCUUGCUGGGCACCGUUCAGGCUCAACCUUUAGAGGAUCACCACGGACGCGAGCAGCGCCAACUGAAGGGCGGCCCAGGAGCCAACACGGAUGCGGAUGUGAAUAUGGUGGCCAAUGUUAAGCCGGCGGCAGCCACCUCCAUGCAGAUGGGUAUGGGCAUGUCCCUGCCGAUGAAUCAGAUGGCCCUGAUUGCAGUCGGUACUCAGCUGGUGCGGUAUCCCAACUAUCCGGGUCUGAUCUACGCUCCGGGCAUCGCUCAGGGAUCUCUGAAUGGAUUGAGUGGCCUGCAGACGAACAUAGCCAACAAUUAUCCCGCCUAUCCAGACCCGAAUCUGGUUGGAGCAUCUCCUGGUUUCGGCGCAGCUUCUAGCUUCGGUGGAGCUCCUGGUUUUGGUGGAACUCCUAGCUUUGGAGCAGCUCCGGGCUUUGGAACAGGUCCUGGCUUCAUUGCAGCCACUGGCUUUGGCCCAGCUCCUGGAUUCGGUACAGCUCCUGGUUUCGGCUUUGGAAGCUAUCCAGGCGCUUCAAGCCCUGCCGCGCUCAUGUACGGCAAUCCCAUGUCGUAUCCAAAUCCCCAGCUGCCCAACGGAUUCGUGCCCCAGCCAUCGGUGGACAACUUCUCGGCUCUGAACAACAUCGUGAACAUGGCCAAUGUCCAAGGAUUGGGAGGAUCUAACCAAGGAUUCUAUCAAAAUCCCCAGCUGCCCGGUCUCUAUGCACCCGCCGGAGGCUACAUGGAGCGCAUGAACAUGCAGGGAUAUGCACCCGCCUUCUAAGGGAUUGCACAUACUCCAUUAUAUACUUAAGGGCUUAUUUAUUUUAUUUAUUUAGCCAAUUAAAAGAGCAUUUAACCAGAAGGAACUGCCUCAUCACUUGUGCCUCUUUCUAGUUAACCAACGGGGCGGGUGCUGGGGUUGUAGUCUA